UCGGUCUGUUGUUGUUAUGCUCCUGCCUUGCGCUCGCUCUCCUUUGUUGGGCUUCAAGGGGCAGGGGUUGGAUCCUCCGCGCUCCGGCUCGCAGCAGCCGGGCCGGGGUCGCCCGGCAGCCAGCGCUCUCACGCAGACGACCCCCGAGAAGCGACUUGGGCUGGCAACGGAAUGCCUCCGCAAGGCGCAGCGCGGGGCCGGGGGUGCCCGCCUGCCUCCCUUCCCCUCCCGCGCUCUCCCGGGCACUUGCUCGGCGUGACUCCCCGGGUUGCCGCCGCUGCCCUCGGCUUGCCUGUCUCGGCAUGCGUUUGCUCAUUGGGUCUCCACACUGGCGGCGCUUCCCCUCAACCUGUUGUUACUCGUGGCUGUUCCUCGAGCGCUUGCUUCGCCCGGUCAUAGGCUACUACACUACGGUUUGAAAGAAAGUAAAUAAAGGAGAGGGGAAAAAAGGCCAAAUGGCAAAACAAUCUUCUGAUUUGAAUUCUGAGUGCGAUAGAGAAGGUGGACAAUUGCAGCCUCCUGAGAGGCCAGUUCAAUCUCAGCAUCUUCGGCCUGGGGCCCCUACCUCCCUACAAACUGAGCACCAAGGUAAUCUUUUUGGCGAGCGGGACAGUUCUUCACCCAGUAGCCCUCAGGGACCACUGGCACCACCCUCCAGCCCUAGUCCAUUUGCUACCAGAUCCCCGCUGUUCAUGUUUGUAAGAAGAUCCCGACUGCUGUCCAGAUCCUCCAGUGGGUAUUUCUCUUUUGACACCGACAGGAGUCCUGCACCUAUGAGUUGCGACAAGGCCACACAGACUCCAAGCCCCCCCUGUCAAGCUUUCAAUCAUUAUCUGAGCUCAAUGGGUAAGCAAGACCAUGCUUCCAGGUGGCAGUCACGGCCAAUUCCUGAAGAUUUGCAGCCAGAAAUAUGGAUUGCACAGGAAUUACGACGCAUUGGAGAUGAAUUUAAUGCUUCCUACUCUCCAAGAAGGGGUUUCUUGGAUUACCAAGCAGUAAACCACCAGAUCAUAAUUUUGCGCCUGUUGCAUUAUAUCGUCCGCCUCAUAUGGAGAAUGCAGUGACUGAUGCUUACAGAGGCAGUUGGGAUUGUUUACUUGUUUACAGCAACCAUGAACAGCGUGCCUGGAUGCAGUUAGCGGGCCUUCUGACUUAAGGGACAUCCAGCAAAUUAAAAGGAGCAGAAGGACUCCUGUCCAGGCAGUUUUUGCCUUUCUUUUUUAGAACAAACCAAGAUUUUAAAUGAAAGUUUCCUAUUAACAAAUCAUGAUGGAUUUUUGGAAAUGGACAAUGAAGCUUUUUAAGCAGGCUUUCAUGUGAGAGUAGAGCUGACAUCGUUUUGUUGUUGUUGAAACUUUCUUUUUUUUUAAGCCUGCUAUAUAAAGCUUUCAAGAAAAUAACUGAAUCAUGGUGUGUUUGCUCUUGGAAACGUGUAGGUUGCUUCUGCUUAUAUCCUGCAACGGAAUUGACUGAGCCAGCUACCUUGUAAAGCUGCCUUAGUUUUUUAUGUUAAAGAUUUACUGUACAGCAUUUCCCCCUGCCCCUUCCCAAGCAGCAAGAGGCCAGACUCUGGUAACAAGACCUCCAUUUAUUCCAGAUGACUUUCAUGUCCAAAAGGGCAUGAUCAUUAAAGGGACACUGGUAGAAGCAAGAUGGAGAGGUUUGAACUGACACUCGUGGUUGCUCCCCCCAUUAAACAAACAACUUUUCUGCCACCUGAUUUCAGCUGCCCUUGUCUGUCUUACUCUGGGAAAGAAGCUUGCAAGAAAAUCUUGUAUCCAUCUGCUGUUGGGUGAAGCUUCUUCUGCCUCUUGCAGCCCAGAGGGAGAAAUCUUGAAUUUGCUUUGGAAGUUAGUUAAACUGUGAAAGUUUUGAUGUUCCAAAUAAUUACACCAGGUUGCCUUUUCCAAUUUUUCUCCCUUUUUAUUAUUUGUAUAGAUAAACACGUGUAUUCUAUAACGUGUACUGAAGAUGGGGUGGGGUGGGGGCAUUGUAGCAAUAAGUUCAUUGCAUGUGGGUGAAAGCAGUUCCUACACCUGUGCAAUAUUGCCCCAGUGUUCUUAUGGGGUCCUACUGCAUAAUUUCAGGCACUGUUUUGAUCCUCUGUUUCGUAUUUUACUGUCGUUUAAAUCCAGUUUGGCUGGUUUUUAUUUUGUUUUAAAGAAAAAAGCAUUCUGGAUUCUGUUAUUGCUGCCUUUGUUCUGAAGAUCUGUUGCAAUGAGAGACAACCUAGUAACCAUAAUGUGGAAUGUAUAAGGACUACUGACUUGCUGCAUGGGCUUGAGGUCAACAAACAGCACAGUAUUCAAAUUGGUCACCCAGGGUCAAAGCUCCAAGAGUAAGCAAGAACAAAAUGGCUACCACUAUUAAAAGAGUUAGAUCUUUUUAAAAAGUGGAACUUUCCCCCUUCUGAGAUUGCUACAUUUAUCUAUACAGAGUAGGUGACUGACUGCAUGUAUCCAGCGGGGCUCUUGCUGGUGUUUAAUGGUCUUAAUUUGGGACUAUUUGUAAUGUGCGAAAAGACAAAUUCUGUAGCAAGAGUUGUCCAAAUAAGACUAGCCAAAUUGUGCAACCGGAAUAGAUUACGAACACUUAAACAAAUUGCUCAUAUGAAUAAAUUGUAGAGGAGAGGAGGACAGCAAUUCCCAGACUUUGAGCUGAGGCACUGAAGUGUGUCUCAAAAACCAAGUCACUAUGUUGGAUGCAUCCACCACUCAGUGCCAGUAAGAUUGGGGAAGCCCUUCCCCUUUCCCUGGUGAUUUAUAGAUAAUGACAUCAUCUUGAAGGAAGAAUUAAGGAUUUGCUGACUUCUGGCACAACCUUAUGACAGCUGGCAAGUGUGGGGAAUCCCAGAAGCAUUCCUAGAAAUCCUGUUCCUGAGCCCUGUCUGUUUGGGCAAAUGGGAGGCAAUGUUACAGUAUUUAUCCCAACAGAAGAUGACUCUGAACUUAAAAUGGACCUCUUAAAAAACAGAUGGGGUCUGUUUACCCAAAAGGAAGAGGAUUCUGGAUUUAAGAUGACCCCUUGAUUUCUACUAUCAAAGAACUUGUAAAAAAAGCUAGUCUUGGAUACAGGUAAAUAUGGUAACUGAACUAUCCUGUGCUUGCAAGGAGGGUGGCUGCCUUUUGUUAAGAACAGCCCUGCUGGACCAGGCCCAAGAAGGCCCAUCUAGUCCAGCAUCCUGUUUCACACAGUGGCCCACCAGAUGCCCCUGGAAGCCUACAGGCAGGAGUUGAGGGCAUGCCCUCUCUCCUGCUGUGACUCCCCUGCAACUGGAACUCAGAGGCAUCCUGCCUUUGAGGCUAGAGGUGGCCUAUAGCCACCUCCCGUUCUGGAGUGGAUUGGGGAAAGACAUGUAUAACAUUUUGAGUGGCAGAGAGAAGUAUUGCCCAGUUUUAAUCCAGGAAAAAACAAAACUCUGUCCCGGUAUCAAAAGUGUGGGAAAUGCUGGAUAAAGAGCAGACAGGCCCUGACACUUCACAUCUUCCCCUGACAAUCUUGCUGAGCCUUCAUUUAGGCUUCAGAGAUUUCCUCAGACAUUUAGAAGGUACCUACAAACUUAUAUUUGCCACCAAAUUUUGCUUUAAAAAAGAAAAGAAAAAGAAAGCUGAGAUUGUCAGGGUGCUAAAUUCUGUAUAUGGGAACAAAUUCUGUGUAUGGGAAGAAUUGUGCAAUGCAUACAACCCAUACUGAAUACCCCAACCUGCCUUCAGAAAACAGUUAAAAUUCCACAAGAGCAGACUGCAGCCAGCAUUCAGUACAGAUGUGCAUGUUGACUUUUAACAAAGAAAACGUCGGCUUCUCUAAAAUCCCUUGUCAUAUUUCCUGAGUAUUAAGAAUAUACCAAAUUGCUUCAAUUGCUAACUCUUCAACUGUCGUGGAUAAUGGUAAAACCUUUUUUAAAAAAGAAUUUAAUAGGUGAUGCAUUUGCAAAAAUUCAAAUCCAGAAUCAAUCAUGCUUUUGUAGCAGGGCAGGAUGGGGGCUACUGACUUGUGCUGCACCACAUUAUGGUAAAGUAGUUCAUGUGUGGAUCUCCACUGAGUUAUUUCUUUGCCAUGAGAGUCAACUGCAAAUAAACUGUCUGGAAGAUCAUAAGUUGCUUAAAAGGAUCAGUGGCUGACAUCCCACAGUGUAAUGUGGGCUGCUGUGGGCCCCUAAAACACAUGCCCACAUUACUGCACAACAGGGCUAGACGGCUACUAGUUAUGUAGCAGUGUGCAAGGGUGUACUGGUAAGUAGUAGCAGAACAGCCCUGUUGCACAGCUACAUGGUCCUGUGUUUUAGAUACCUGCAGCUGCACAGGAGGUUCAGAUUUGUCUGCCUUACACUGCAGGACAUGUCAGCCAGUGUGUGUGUAGGCCCCUUAUUUCAUUCUGCCCACAUAAUAUCUCUGGCUAUGGCUAGGUUUCAUGAAAUGAUGCCGAGACUUUGCAUAAAGUAGUGGUUUGAUUUAAUCUUGUUUGAAACACAUUUCAAAAUGCUAAAGCUCCUAUUUCUGGUUUCACCAGCACCACUGAAAAUGUCGUGGCUGUGCUCAAAAGGUUCCAAACUUUGCUGAGCUGUGCCAAAUCCAACCUAAGUGCUAUUACAAAAUGUAGGACUCGAUUCUCUGUUCUGAUUUCUAGAAUCUCUUUGUAGUGUACCUACAUGUGUUGGACACAAAUGCUUGUCUGGGGUCCAUGGAGGGCUUUCCCAUCUGGUCUAGCCCUAGCCUCCUGUACUACUCUAACCUUCUUCAGAUUUUAAUCCAGAGAAUCAGUACAUUCUAGGUUCCAGAGCCAGAGAAAUGCCCAUAUACAGCAACAUGCACCUAACUGCCCACAAGGUGGUUCAUACUGUCAGGGCUGGCCAUGCCAGUCAUCUCCUUGAAGCAAGUGAGAAGGGUUAGAGCAGGCCUGCUCAACUUGGGCUCCCCAGCAAUUUUUGGACUACAACUCCCAUAAUCCCUAGCAACAGUGGCCGAUAGCCGGGGGUUAUGGGAGUUGUAGGUCCACAUCUGCAGGAGGACCAAAGCUGAGCAGCCCUGGGGUUAGAGUGUGUUGGAUUUAGGCUCCUACUGCUCCAACAGGCUCUGUCAAAGCUGACAGUGCUAGUCGUCCUCCUGUUUUGCACUGCAUGAGAUUCCAGGUCAGGAGCUGAAGGUACAUCCCCAAAUGCUGGACUGGGAAACUGAGUCCCAGUAGUUGGCCAGCAUCUUCUUGUGCUUGCAGUUCCAGAUCCAGCAGGGGAAGAUGUGCAGGAGGCCUGCACACAUAAGCACCGGCCCUUGCUAGCUGCUCAGGUGGUCCAGCUGUAGACUAAAAUAGCUGAAAUGUGCUAACAAGGUGACAGAGCUUUGGUAGCUUUGUAGCAAGUUCUGUUUCCCCCUCUUCCUUUGCUACUUUUGGUAAAGAGCUUUGUUUUAUUAUUACUUUUUAAAAAAAAUACAAGCAGAAAUCUCCGCAGUGCAAGUAGGAAUUUGGCCUAACUGCAUGUUUGCAUAUUAUGCACACACACAGAGCCCUUUCUCGCGAUCACAUGAGUGGGCUUGCUGGCAGGCAGUGGGGAAGGCUGCAGAAGCUUGCCUUCCCCGCAGACGAUCCUGCUGCCAGGUCUGGGCAUGUGGAUCAUGCCCCCCCCCCAGACAUUCUGCUGCUGCCCCAGGCAGCACGCAGGUGCGGGGGUCGGAACAUGCUGUCUCCGCACCUGGAAAUCCCACAAUGCACUGUGCAAGUGCGUUGUGCAUUGUGGGGUCAAGUAAACAGGAUUAAGGUAGCACUCACUCCCUUAACCUCGUUUUAAGGGCCCAGCUUCUCAGCCGGAUUUGCCGCCAAGACACUGCUAGGAGCCACUCAGCUCCUGGCUUGGCUCCCGGGAGCCACUUAGCUGCCCUAGACCAGUCUUGGCUCCUUGUGAGAACAGCCUCACUGUCUUGUUGACUGCAAAAGGCGAGGACGUGGUUCAUAACCGCUAGCAUUAUCCUGCUCAAGUGGAUACUGUGCAAUAGGGACUUCUCGUGGCAUCUAAAAAGUUAGGGGCAUACACAGACAUCCUUCCUGUCCGAGCAAUGCUGGAUUCACAGCUAUUAAAGCCACAUCAAUUUUCCCUGGCUUGGAGUUGGCCAAUAAUCCUGUUGAUAUACCACAAGAACUUAGGCAUCCCUUGUUUCAAUUCAAACAUACUUCAGUGGGAAUCAUGAUCAGAAAUCUCUUUGAGGCCAAAUUCAUGGGUGGUGCUGAUCACUACCCACACACCAUUUGUGCUUCCUAAAAUCUUUAUGUGCCCAGAAUUUGUCUCUCUAAACUCACCAAAGUGUUUUCUAUUUACAGUGGAACGUUUUGCUCACGCUUCUGCAUUUGGAGCACUUUAGUUUUCAAUUACUUUUCAUACAAAGUCCUCCCAAGCGCAUGCCCUCCGUGAUUAGGAUCCAGAGAGUUUGAUGCAUGCACCUAAUGGCAGGAGGACCUCCCUGUUUUUCUCUUCCAUGGUGAUCACUGCCUCUCUUUAGGACACCUUGACCUUUCAGGAGUGGCUUUUUUUUUUUACCAGGGCUGGGGCAGGGGUGGGAUAAAGAGCUGCUGUGGGAAGAGGGGAGCCUGAAAAGUCCUGAUGCCUAAGCAGAAGCUUGCGUAUCGCCCUUUAGAUCUCCUACCCUACGUUUCCUUUCCCUUUUCUUGUAAGGCUCGGCUGGCCCAGUGCCUUGAGAUGUGUACACAUUCUUAUGUGUUAACUGCUAGCAUGGGAGUACAACUAGCUUGCUGCCGUGGCUUCAAGCAAACUUAUUGUAAGCCUGUUGAUAUUUAAAAUUCUGUGAAUUAUAAUGUAAACAAGAAAAGUCAUGAUAUUGGCACUGUGUGGCCCAAACCCAAGCUCUCUUGUUUUAUCAAGAAAUCUCUGCCAGGCAUUUGUAUAGCUAUAAAUAAGGUAUAUAUAAGGUAUAGCUAUAUACCUUAAAAAGCUAAAUCAAGCAAGGCCCAUUUGGUUUUUCAUGACUCAGUGCAGGUUUUGUGCCUUUACAACCCCACUGUGUCCACAGUAGACUUGUGGGUUUAAAAAAAACUCUUUGUCAGCUAACAUAUCUAACAUUUUUGUCUACUGGAAGGAUUUUUUAAAGCUUUUCUACAAAUCCUUACUUUCCCUUUUGUUUUGUUUAAUUAAUCCUGCCAAAAUGUUUUAUGAAGAAUUUUCUUUGGUUGUGGAGAAACCAGAUUCAAAUUUGUUCCUAGAGGAAUUGCAUCUACUAAGACUUUCUAUGCUUUUAUUUUCUUUCAAUGAUUGUAAAUAUUUGAAUAUUUAUAGAUUUAGAGCAAUUGUUCUUUUCAUCUGAGCCAAAUGUCACCUGUGUGCAAUGUUUCCUCUCUUUUUCUUAUUAUGUCAUGUAAGAUAUAGCAACAAAAGUCAAAUGGAUUGAUUUCUCUAAACUCUUUUUUUUUUUUUUUUUGGUAGAAUGGACCUUGUUAAAUGCUGUAGAUUCCUUUUAUUUCUUUGUAAUUAAUGCACUCUACUGUUCCAUAAUGCUGUAACUUGUAGAAAUGUUGUAUAUUUAUUUUCUGCUUAUUUAAGUUCUUGUAAAGUCUCUUCCUUUGAAUUUUACUUAGUAUAUAUGGAAAUAGUGAUUGAUCAGUUUAGAGCACUGUCUACUAGUUUGGGGUAGUUGAUAUUUUAGAUAUUUGUUUAAAGCCCUUGUUUUCUUCCAAUUUGACUCUCUUGCCACCUUCCCUAUCUUUAAGAUGUUCAAAUAUGAAGUGAAGGCAGGGAUAGGAAUUCAGAUGUGUGAUUGGAGAGGAAUCACGCAUGCUCGAUCACACAUUUGGCAUCUCACUGGUAGCCUUUGGCAUGAAUUUGUUCCACAUAAUUCCGGGGACUGAAGGUGGCUUUUAAAGGUGUUGUACUAAAGUGACAUGCAGUGCUCUGAGCUAGUCAGUCUUUAAGAAUGAUAAAUGUGUCCUAAGUAUUUACACACACACACACACAGAGAGAGAUCCAAGCCCCUCCCCAUUGUGUCCACAGAGAAUGCAGCUGCCCCAGCAGUUCAUCUCAACAGUAGACUCAUGUCGAAAAUUCAUUAGAUGCCAGUUCAGAACCUUGUUGGUGCUUCCUAUUUCUUCCUUGCAUUAAGGGCUAUUAAGACCUCAUCCCUUGACCACAGUUUACAUAGCACAGGAUAUGGCUAUUACCUCAUGAACAAGAAGAACCUGCAGUUUAUUCAAGAACUACUAAAUUGUUAGGGGAGAGUGAAAAUUUUGCACCCUGUUCGAAAGACCACUAGUUACUGUAUGGCAGCACCUCUCGAUCAGGUACAAACAUCAAUGUAGCACUGAUCUUGUACUGAUUAAUCACUAACGUAUGUCCUAGGACCCAGCAUAUGUAGCAUUUUUAUUGCAGUUUCCCUGGCUUACUUGUGUUUUGCACUGAUGAAAUUUUGACAGGGUAAUUGCCACUUUACUUGUGCAAUACUGCUGUAAAUAACUGCAGAUCUUUUUUUAAGAUGCAAUCUUGUUCUUAAUAAUGAAUUUUAUAUGAAUAAAACUUUCAACUAUU